GUGGACAUGAGCAAAGUAAACCUCGAAGUAAUCAAGCCUUGGAUAACAAAAAGAGUAACUGAAAUCCUUGGAUUUGAAGAUGAUGUAGUAAUUGAAUUUAUAUUCAACCAGUUGGAAGUGAAGGCCUGAACCAAAAUGGAAGUUAUUCCUUGCGUCUGAAGUAUAGCACCAUCACCUUAUUAGGUCACAGCAGAGUGAGUGUCCAUUGUCGCUCUGACCAACUCCCUUGAUGAUGCAGUGUGUGUUUGGAGGUGAGUUGUGUAAAGUGACCGAACCAAAGGCAGACAAAGCAUCCAGCAGAGAGCAAUUGGGCAAAGCUUUACACUGCUCUUGAAGUUGUUGUGAAAUAGAUCAGGUGUAAAUGCAAAAGCACCGAGGUGCUGUUCUAAAUUGGUAAGAUACUUCUCAGGGGAGAAGUUGUGGUAUUACGAUUUGCUUGGUAGAAAAAAUGGCUGUCUUCUGUUGGGGAGGGGGUUAAUAUAUUUCAGAAUGAUGUAAAACUAUCCUUCAGAUUAAUGUAGAAGGAAAGCCUAUUUAAACGUGUGAACCAUCUCUCACUGAAAUCAAUGGCCCCAGAAUUUUUGUUAAUGGUAGAGCUGGAUUGCACCAAUGUAAUAAAGUUAAUUAUUAAUGGUCUUUCAGCAUGAACCAUAUAAACAACACAGAGUUCAUGAUAGUAGACUCAUUCAUUUAUUUUACACCGUCUGCUACUGCAUCACAAGACACAGUGAAGUAUUGUCUCUGAACCAUUGGCAAAAAAUGCUUUUGUGCUAAUAUAUUUUAUACUCAGUCUUCCUUCCAAAGAAUUCAUCUUAUGAUUUGACUGAACAGCUGACCUUUCAACUGAGAAAGGUAUUGCUGUUUUAAAAAGGGUGGGGGAGGGAGAGAGAAAAGACUAUACUGUAUUUAAACCUAAGAUUUUAUUAUUUUUAACAGUCUUAGUUGGAAACUUAUAUGUUUGCAUAAAAAUCAACCUGGGGAAGUAAGUUUUUAAGGGAUCAGGUGAAUAAAGUUUAUGCUAGGAAGUACUUUGCUAACAUGUGGUAAUAUAAUAAAACCCAAAUAAGCAUUUUUAGUUUCCCUUCAUAGAAAGCAUGAUUUAAAAUUUAAGAACUUUUAAAAACAAUCUUUUUUCCUUUUUGUGGUUGUGUACUCAUUAUUGCUUGUUCGUCUUUUGCAAUUUAGAUAAAUGAUAUAACAUUAAACUCAAGGUGGUUGAGUUGCAGUAGGGAGUCGGAAGCAAGCCAAGGGAACAUCUUUCUCUACAGGGGACUUGGCGAUUCCAAAACCCCCCCCAAAGUUCCAAGAAGAAACUGAAGACACCUGGAAUCUGUACUUGCUUUGUGCUGUUGAGCUGUGCUUGUUAUAUGGAUCUUGUUGCUUUGAACAACAUUAGAAUUCAAGUGCCCACAUGUACUGUGAGCCACUUGACCUCUUAAUCCUUUGUGGGCAUUACAUAACUGUUAAAAAAAAAUCCCCAAUAUGGCAGCUUUCAUUCCAUAAGUUAGAUAGUGGAGGCUUAGUCUAGUUUGCUGAUGAAAGUAAGCAAAUGCAUGCAUAAAUUCUUGUUCAGUUUUCGCAGCAGGACUUUCAGGUACAUUGUAGUUUAUAAAUUCUGUAAUGUUCAAUAAAUGUGCAUCUUCUGUCCAUUGUACGGAUCACAUUAGCAGCGGAACCAAAAAAACGUUGGGGAAAAGUGCUUAGAUAACUACAAAACUGUUAUAGAAGCAUCGUAAUUUGCUAUAUCUUUGCCCUCAAUUGUAGCAGCUGCACAGAACAAAAUACUUAUGAAAUCCACAAAGGAUUAACAGGCCAUUUAAAAUGUAACGGCAAGGUGAGAGAAUUGGUAAUCUGUUAGGUCUUGUAUUACUGAGCAGCCUUUUAGAGAGAGUUUUUAAAAACUAGCAUUGAGCAUAACAUUCUGUAGUCUCAUGAUAGGCGAUUAAGUCAAAAUUAAAAUAAGUUUGUCUUGAGUUUGUUUUUUUACAAGUAACCUGUUUUUCUUCCUGUCAUGUAUCUCUUUGCAGAAUCCAGAUUCCAAAAUGAUGCAAAUCAACCUGACUGGGUUCUUGAAUGGGAAAAAUGCUAGAGAGUUCAUGGGGGAACUGUGGCCAUUACUGCUGAGUGCCCAAGAAAACAUUGCUGGUAUUCCAUCUGCUUUCCUGGAGCUGAAGAAAGAAGAAAUAAAACAGAGACAAAUUGAACAGGAAAAAUUGGCUUCUAUGAAGAAACAAGAUGAAGACAAAGAUAAGAGAGACAAGGAAGAUAAAGAAAACAGAGAAAAAAGGGACAGGUCCAGAAGCCCUAGAAGGCGCAAAUCAAGAUCUCCUUCCCCUCGAAGGCGCUCCUCUCCUGUGAGGAAAGAGAGGAAACGCAGCCAUUCCCACUCCCCCCACCAUAAAGCGAAAAGUCGUAGUGUUACUCCUGCACCAGAAAAGAAAGAAGAGACUCCUGAGCCAGAGCCUUCAAUCAAAGUAAAAGAAACACUGAUCCAGGAGGCAACAUCUACUAGUGAUAUAUUGAAAAUACCCAAAAUUGAGCCUGUGCCAGAUACUAAAGAAAUGACUCCAGAAAGAGGUUCAAAGAAGGAGAGAGAGAAAGAAAAGGACAAAAAUCGUCAAAGGUCUCCAUCCCGAUCCAAAUCAAGGUCAAAAUCUCGCUCACGCUCUCAGUCUCAUUCAAGACCAAGAAGGCGUCACAGAUCACGAUCCAGGUCUUAUUCACCAAGGAGACGCCCCAGCCCAAGACGGCGCCCGUCUCCUCGGAGAAGAUCCCCACCAAGACGUAUUCCACCUCCACCAAGGCACAGAAGGAGCAGAUCUCCUGUGAGGCGGAGGAGACGGUCAUCAGCAUCUUUGUCAGGAAGCAGUUCCUCUUCUUCCUCUUCACGUUCUCGAUCUCCGCCAAAAAAGCCACCCAAGAGGGUUGUCUCCAGUCCUCCUCGUAAAACACGUAGAUUGUCUCCUUCUGCAAGUCCCCCUAGGCGAAGGCACCGGCCAUCCCCGCCUCCAAGUCCACCCCCAAAACCACGCAGGUCUCCAACACCUCAGCAGUCAAUCCGUGUGAGAAAGACCCGAGGCUCAGUUUCUCCCAGUAGAACCUCAGCACCCAAACAUAAAAGUAUUGAAAAAAGGGAAUCUCCCUCACCAGCACCGAAGACUAGAAAAGUAGAACUGUCAGAAUCAGAAGACGAUAAGGGUGGCAAAAUGGCAGCUGCAGAUUCUGUGCAACAAAGACGACAAUACAGAAGACAGAACCAGCAGUCUUCAUCUGAUUCUGGCUCGUCAUCUUCCUCUGAAGAGGAACGGCCAAAAAAGUCGAAUGUAAAGAAUGGUGAAGUGGGCAGGCGCAGGCAGCACUCUCAUUCCCGCAGUCCGUCUCCCUCCCCACGAAAAUGGCAGAAAGAUUCUUCCCCUCGGAUGCAGAUGGGAAAGAGGUGGCAAUCACCAAUUGUUAAAAGUAGGAGGAGGCGAAGUCCCUCACCACCUCCAGCCAGAAGACGGCGGUCUCCUUCUCCGGCCCCACCUCCGAGACGGCGCCGGUCACCUUCUUUACCACGUCGAAGGUCUCCAUCACCACCUCCUCGCCGGCACUCUCCCACACCUAGGAGAUAUUCUCCCCCAAUACAAAGAAGAUACUCCCCUUCACCACCACCAAAGCGGAGAACAGCUUCUCCUCCACCCAAGCGAAGGGCAUCUCCUUCUCCACAGCCGAAGCUCAGAGUCUCUCGCUCUCCGCCACCAAAGCAAAGAAGCUCUCCGCCUCCCAAGAGACGGUCGCCAUCCAUAUCUUCCAAGCACAGGAAAGGAUCUCCACCCAGCAGGUCUAACCGGGAAGCCCGGUCCCCAAUGCAGAACAAACGGCAUUCACCUUCCCCACGUCCCAGGCCUUCACGUACUUCUGCAAGUCCCCCACCAAUACGCAGAGGACCUUCAUCUUCACCACCACGUCGGCUGUCUCCAUCUCCAAGCACCAGGCCCAUCAGAAGAGUGUCAAGGACCCCAGAACCCAAGAAGUCAAAAAAGCCAUCCAUGCCGAGUCCACAUUCUGCAAGAAGGGGAUCUUCAUCUAGGUCUGCAUCAGGAUCACCCGAGCCACCCCCCAAGAAACAUCAGACCCCUCCUUCUCCUAUACGGUCUCAAUCACCCACUGCUCACUGGUCUCCUCCAGCUCCUGCAAAGAAGGCUAAGAGUCCUACACCAAGUCCAUCUCCUGUCAGGAACUCCGAUCAGGAAGGGAGUGGCAAGAAGAAGAAGAAAAAGAAGGAUAAGAAGCAUAAAAAGGAUAAAAAGCACAAGAAACACAAAAAGCAUAAGAAGGAAAAAGCUGCAGCAGCUGCAGCAGCUGCAAUAGCCGUGCUUACCCCACCAGCGCCUGAAGACCAAGAGAAAAAUACAGAGCCCACGAAGGAGACUGAGAGUGAACCAGAAGAUAACCUCGACGAUUUGGAAAAACAUCUUCGUGAGAAAGCUCUGAGGUCGAUGAGGAAGGCGCAAGCAUCUCCACCCCCUUAGGCAGAAGCAGGAAUUUAAUCUAAUGUACAUUUUAUUUGGUUUGUACUGAGACUUCAAUUUCAAAAUUGCUAAAAUGUGUUUGAGCUUUAGACUUUAACAUUGGUUGUAAUAAUUGCUUAGGUUGAAGUUCACCAUGUUUAAAACAAACAAGAAGGGCAUGGAUCUUCAUUACGAAAAGGCUUUCACAAUGUACUAGUGACAUCCUUUGACAGUUGACAUUUGUUUCACUAUGAUUUUUUUUUAAUGCAGUGUUUCUCCCUCCUCUCCCAGACAGACCACUCAAUUUCUUGGAAAUGUCCUAAGCAUUUGCAAUUUGACUUCCGGCCACAGGUCAUUCUGGUCUUGUAUACAGAGGCAAGCCACUAUUCAUGCUUUUUUUUAAAAAGAAACCUAGCAAGAACACUUGUGAAUCCCCAGAUUUCUCUCCAGUUGCCUGCAUCGUCUUUGCUGAAGACCAAGGUCAGAGUUUGGAGGAAAUAGUACCUACUUAAGCCUGAAGGCAGCGCAUUCACACUAGUUCUACAGGUUUAUUUAGAACACUGGAAUUUCGUUUGUGCUUUACUCCCACCCCACCCCGGGCAGUUCCCUGGAUCGGCCGUCUCAGCAAAAUUUUGCAUACAGUUUUGUUCUGUGAAAUGUUGUUGUUGCCCCAAUCAUAGUUUUCUUCCCCCACCCCCCUCUCCUUGUCUUGUUGUGGUCCUUCAGAAUAGUGUGUAACUUUCAGAGCUGUGGUCUCUCAAAGUGGGAAGGACCUGAAUUUUGGAUAUUGUCAUGUUCUCACUGGGUUUGUUUUUGUUUUUUUUUAAACUUAAAGCUAUUAUAAAGCUUGUGGAUUAAACAAAAUAAAUUUCUAAAUUUAA